AUGAAAGCCCUCGAAUAUAAGUAUGCAGCUUCACUAGAAAUUAUUAUCAGAUUGGAUGACUUCAGUAGAUUUGUUGAUUUCGUUAUUAAAAACUCAAUAAAUGUCAAUUCUCGAUUUCCAGCUAUGCAAAACCGAAAGAUUUCAUUUGCACCACUUAUUGCUGUUGCCGCUUACUUUCAUUCUUUUACUAUUUUUUCAACAUUGCUCCAAAAAUCAGUAGAUAUUGACUUUUCAAAACUAAAAAUGCAAAGAGUUAAGCCACUUUUACAUUAUGCACUAGCUGGCGGUCAUAAGGGCAUUGUUGAACUGUUACUUGAUAAUAACUGCGACUUGGAAAAUGCCUUAAUUCCUUGUAUUAGAUAUGGACAUUUAGAAUUAACCAAAAAAUUUGCAGAAUUUAUUCAAAAUGAUAAUGACAUCCCAUUUACUAGCGUUCUUGACGAAUUUUUCCCACAAACAAAAGCAAAUAAAUCAGAUUAUGCAAUUAAACUUGCUAUUCGCUCUCAAAAGAUGGAUAUGCUAGAUUAUAUCUAUAAUCAGCUUUAUUCAGACGAAGAUCGGCAAAAAGCAGAUCAUUUAUUUUUCACAAAUGAUAAAUACAGAACAGCAUUACAUUACGCAUGCCAUUUUGAUAGUUUUGAUAUCGUUAAUUACAUUUUCCAAAAGAAUCCCUUUCAAAUGAUCCCUUCCGAAGGAAAUACAGUUACUCCACUUCAUUUCGCCUUUAAUUCACAAUUACCGAUGCAUACACAGAUUAUUUGUCCAAUACUUGCAUCAGUUUCCAAAUGUGAAAUGCUUGCUGAUUAUCUUCCUCAAAUUUUGAAUUCAUUUGACAAUGAAUCAAUGACAAUUCUCCAUUAUGCAGCGAAAUAUGCUAUAAAAGAUGCAGUUGUGAUGCUUUUGGAUGAGUUUAAAGAUAAAAUUAACACAAAAUUACAAAGAGAUGAUGGAUUUACUCCUAUAAUGCUUUCUGUUUCAAGCAGAGAUCUAGAAACAUUAAAAGUGUUCAUGGAAAAGACACCUCAAGAUGAUGAAAUUACAAAUAACUUAGGAAGAAACGUAUUACAUAUCGCAGCUCGACAAAACUUCAUUGAAGGUUUUGAUUUGAUAUACAAAAAGUUCCCUGAAUUACUGCAUCAAAUAGAUUUGUGCCAAAUGAGUCCACUUAUCGCUGCAGCUGUUGAAAGAAGUUUCGAUGUCGUUAAUUAUAUAAUAUAUAAUGAUCCUGACUUCGUCAAAACUGAUAAAUGCGCUAUAUCAGGACGAAACUUGCUUCAUUGGCUCGCUAAAAUGGGAAAUGCAGAAAAUAUCAUUCAAGAAAUUGUUCAAAGAGGAUUGAUUGACGUUAAUUCGCUUUCAAGAGAGCCUCCAUUAACGCCUUUGUUCCUUGCUGUUAGAGAAAAUAAACCAGAAACAGUUAAAGUACUGAUUGCUUGUGGAGCUGAUCCAAAUUAUGGCGCAGAGAAGUUUUUAAAGCCAUCUCAGAUUCCAUGUCCAACUAUUAUCAAAGAACUCAUGAAAUAA